AUGUCUUCAGUAAUAUCAACAUCCUCGUCACGUGUUUUUGAUGCCAUUAAUGAAUGUCUGUUCCUGCUUCAAUCAGACUCAGUUGAAGCUCAAGAGAAAGCUCUUCAAAUGCUGGCUUCCAUCACCAAGGUCAGUUCCCAAAACAGAACCUCACUGGCUCAAACAGAAGGAGCCAUUCCAACAAUAGCCACGCUAACAAACUCUUCCUCCACCAUCAUCCAAACACUUUCUCUGUUAACCCUCUUCAACCUAUCCCUCAACCCAGAUCUGAAACAAUCUCUCGCUGACAUGGAAACUAUUUACUACCUCAACUCCCUCAUCACCAACUCAUCAUUCUCCCUCGACUCCUCCAAACUGGCCUCCUCGUUGAUUUGCAGCUUGGCCAUGCACGACAAAAACAAGGCCAAGUUUGGAGUAGCAGGCACAGUUCAGUUGCUAGUGAAAGCCGUUGAAGGGUCUCACGGUUCUGAUGCGCACCACCUUCUGAGUUCUCUUGCCGAGCUUGUUCAUUUUCACGGAAACUGCACUCUGGCAGUGCGAGCCGGGGCAGUGGCAGUGCUGCUUAAGGUGGUGAAGGGUACCGAUAACGAGGACUUGGCAGGAACUUCUCUCGCUGUUCUUAGUCUCCUUGCGAGGUUUGAUGAAGGGUUGAAUGGGUUGAAGAAAAGGGAUGAUAUAAUUAGGGUAAUGUUGAAUGUGUUGAAGGGUAGGUCUCUGUUGAGCAAGGAGGGUGCUGCUGAUAUCCUUAUUCGUCUUUUUGAUGACAGUGAAGAUUGUGUGACUGAGGCUUUGAUGUUGCCGGAAUUUUCAACCGUCUUGGCUGAUCUUUGUGUUAGGGGUUCGGUGAGAGUUCGUGACAAGGCGGAUUUGUUGAUGAAGAAGAUGGCACAGAUGAGCUUGGACUCUGAUAUGGAUGUAAGCUCUCUGCAUGGUUAA